UGUUGUGUCGUCGAUUGAAAAUCUACUGGUAUUCUGCCAUCCCUAAAGAUCUGACCGACUGGUUUAUUCACGCCAUUGACGAAUCCUAGAUGAGGAUGAUGGACCUCAAGACCGUCGUGCGACUCUUGGAAAGCGAAGGACGGACCGGAACAAAAGAAGUGAUCGAAGAGUGCGCCGGCGUGGUUCAAGCCUCGUUGUAUCUGGACCCGCUCACCCGAUGCGGUCAAGACGCUGGACUGCUGGAACACGAACUGUUUUUCGAAGUGAACCGUCUCGUCCUGAACCGACCUUUCGAAGCUCGGUACAGCACACGUCCGCGAGGGACCUGGUACCGAGGCACCUUUCGUCAUUACGCUCGYCCCGAGAUCCUUCACGAUCGCAUGCAACGUCUGAUCGACGCGUACCAUCGCGACGYRKSUCAAGAAGAYCCCGUCCGAGCUYUGGCCCARAUGGCAGUCUCCUUUCUYCRCCUUCACCCGUUCUCCGAUGGAAACGGACGMACYCUCAAACUGAUCGUCUGGUACGUUUUGAAAAGUCGGUUCGGAUUGCACCGAUUGCGCUUUGUAAACUACGAUCGGUGGUGCGAACUCCUUCACGAGAAUCGCGAAGAAGAAAUGUACCUGUGGUUACUCGAUCAAAUAAAAUCAAAUUUUUGAAAUCGUACUGUUG